GUCUAGUCCUUUAUAUGGCUUCUUGUUCAUUUUCCACUAUCAAUUCCUAUACAGUACCUAUAAUAAUAUGUAGAUAAAUGUUUAAAAUAUUAGUAUUAGUUUAUCAUUUUAUAAUUUUUUUACACUUUUCUGUAGCCUUUUUGAAAGACUACAAAUCCAUAGACAUUUGCAACCUUCACAAUGCCAGGAAGUUAUAUGUUGAGUAUGGGACUUCUGGAGGUUUGUUGGCCAACUACAAAAAUCAAGUGCAGGAUAAAUCAAGGUUUCUUGAACAAAAUGUUUCACAGAAAAAAUGCAGCAUUGAAUUGAUCACAUGUCCCUCUUGUGUUAUUCAUAUUUCAUUUCAGUACCUAAACAUCUCAAGAACCUGUGGAAAAUCAUCAACAUUCAGUCAAUGUGGAUGUGAUUAUAUUUUACUACACGAGCCACCCUUUGAAAGUGCUUCUGGAGAACAGUUUUGUGGUAGAUAUAUGCAAAAUAAUUUUAGCGAACUGUCCUACCAUUCACGUACCAGACUCACCUCUUUGGAUUUUGUUUAUACACACGAUUACGGGCAUGCUUUUACAUUACAAUUUUCCGCCAAAAGAAAUCAAUUAACCUUCAACGGAUACCCAACAAAUACUCACCUAAACAAUGAUAGUCAAAUUAUAACAUCACCAUUUUUCCCUAAUCCAUAUCCUCCAGAUUUGAGUGCAGAAUACGUCAUACAGUGCCAUUCAAGAGAAUCUUGUAGGAUACGUUUGAUUUUCACGGACUUUCUAAUGGCUGACUCGUCUAUUUUAGAGUUCUUCGAUUAUAACGGACAAAGAAUGUACGUUAUUUCUGGCAACAUUUUUCGUCCUCCAGUCAUAGUGUCUUCUGGUCCGAGUUUAAUAAUGCGGUUCUAUGCUAAUGGAGCCUCUAGUAUGGGUUUCAAAGCAAUUUAUUCCUUUAGUACAGGCAAUGUUGACGAUAUUGCUCUUAAACCAAAUAUAGAUUGUGGCGGCCAAGUUAACAAUUUAGGUGGAGGCAUUACCAUGAUGGAUAUGGUCACUGACGGAACUAAAUAUUAUGAUUGUGUGUGGAUUGUUAAAAUGGCUACUAACUUUUUACAUAGAAAAACUCAUUUGUAUGUUAAAGUGGUAAACUUCACUGAUUUUGCUGGAACCACAGAGUUAAUUCUUCGCCAAGGUGUGACUUCGAGUGAACCCACAGUUGAAGUUUUAAAAUUUCCGAUAAGCCAAUUUCGCAGUUCCAAAGAGAAGGAACAUAUCGUCCCUAUCGAGGAAGGAUUUUAUAUUAGCCUAAGAGGGCUUUUUAAACCAGAGUCUAAAGUGUCCAUUGUUUAUGCUGCUUUUAAUUAUAAAGAUUGUUUUUCUGGCCUAGACUUUUUAUGUCGCAACUUGCGAUGUAUCUCAGCUUUGUUGAAUUGUGAUGGUUUUGACCAUUGCGGUGAUACUAGUGAUGAAUCGUCAGAAUGUUCUGAAGAUCCUACAGCUCAUAGAGAUUUUUCCAAGAUUCCAAAUUUUCUAUUUCCCAAAAUCGAACCCUACGCCGAUCUGACCACCGCUACGUUUGUUUUUCUUCUGUGUACUUUUGGUUUAAUCGGCAUUAUUUUAGCAAUGGCAGUGCUCCUAUUCAGAGUCAACAUGCGUGCAAGAAACGAAAGGCGAAUUCAAGAUCACAUUGAAACCAUUCACGCCAUUUUAGAAGAAGGUCUUUCUGAUAUAGACGAGGAAAGCAUAAUACCGGAUGAACCACCAGACUAUGAGGCACCUCCAGAAUAUUCGGAAGUUUUGAAGUACAGGUGUGCAAAUCCACCAAAGUAUAGAUCUGAAUCGCCAGAUGCAGAGCCAAUGUCUACGUCAUUCUGUACUUCUUCGUCAAGCAGUUCUCUGAAAUCUAUCAGUUCUGGAAAAAGUACUAAUGAAUCUGCCUACGGGAUCGAUUUCAGCUGUCAGAUAGAUCUUCCUGAAUCUCCACCACCUGCCUAUGAAGAGAUGGGGAUUUCUCCUGAGAUAACUAUCCCAAUUAACUUGAACACAGAAAUGGACAAUGUUGCUUCAAGUUCCAGAACUACUCUAGAAGAACAUGUAUCAAUCAAAAUUGAAACAUCCUCUGAUGAAGACAUGGACGAAAAAAUUUCCUGCUCCUCCGAGAAAGACUUUAAAGGCAGCGACAUUUCAUCAAAAGAUAAUAUAAAAAAGCCGCAGUCAACUAUUUAUCUGAAAGGUUCUUCUUUGACAGUAAAAAGUGUUUCUGAUGAAAAUUUGGCUACAUACUUUUCCGAAUCUGAAAUGAUGUAUAUGAAGAGUGACGACACUGAUUUUCGUAUCGGUAAUAAGUUGACGAAGAGGAGCUUUUCGGCUAACGAUCUCGGCAAUUACAUGUAAAAUAUUUUGAAUUUCACAAAAAAAAAAAAAAACUAAUCCAAACUAACCUAUUUUUGUAACCCAGCAAUUUGUAAAACAGACAAAUCAAUACGUGGUCCGUUUGCCCAUCGAAUGCCCAUAAAGGCCCACCCAAUAACGCCCCAAAAAAAAGCUAUUAAAAAAAUUGACAUCUUUUUUUCACCAGCGCCAAAUUGUAAAUCGAGCAAUUUUAAAUUUCACUUUGUUUGUCCAUCGUACGCCCAUGUACGCCCACACAAUAACUUUUUUUUCACCCACCACCCAAAAAAAAGUUAUGUUUUGAAAAAAUAAAAUUUUGACAAAUUUUUCUUUAGCAUCACCAAAUUUGAAAAUAGCCAAUCUUGAAAUUCAAUUCGUUUGCCCAUCCAAUAUCCCUAUAUAUCGAGAUCACAUACAAUUUUUUCAGCUACGUUGUUCCAGUCAAUAACCACCCUGUGGCAGAAGACAUUCUUCCUGCACAACCUUCUCCAUCUCAUCAAAGCAAGCUUGAGACUGUUUCUGUGGUCUGGAAAAAUAAUCACCCUGUAAGAUCUCAUAGGCUUCUAUAAACUCACUUCGUCUUCUAUCAUAUUAUUUUCCAAAAUUUCCCCGUAUGUUUUGUCUUUUAUAGUUAACAGAUAUUGUAGGCAAUGACCGCAUAUUGAAGUACAGGGGUCUAUUGAUCUUUAGGAGCAUUUUCUCUGAGUUAUCGGAAAGUGCUCUAUGAAUCAGAUAUGUCAUAGAGUUGGCCUUUCCCAAUCAUUGGCAUAACUGUACGUCUUUUAAAAUUUUUGACUGAAAAAGUUCAUAAAAUGUAUGGUUUGAAUGUUAUGAAUAGAUAAUUGUGUUGUCAUGAAGAGCAAAGGAUUGAACCUUAAAAUUGAGAAUUCUAUCUUUAAAAUAAUAACGAGACGGAAGCAAUAAAACGUGCCAGUUGCGAUUUGCGAAAGCCUAUUUUUCUAUUCGAUUAAAAAUAUUGUUAUCUUCUUUGCAUUGCUUAUUUCCAUAUUUACAAACAAUAGUAACAUUAAGGGGUGAAAGGCGAAAUAUUUUUUGGUUUUGAAGAUAGUCUAGGGUUAAGACGUCAUUAAAUCAUUAUGCAGUUUUAUCUACUUUUUUUGAACUGUUAUAAUAAUAGAGUUUUUCUUAUCGCAAACUUAGCGUUGUGCAAAUGACUCAUUAAUGUGAUGUUGGGUAAUCGAGGAACCAACUUUAGGUGCUGACACUGCAAGAACUAGUGAUGCUACCUUAAUUUAGUUAACCACAACAUCUGUGGAAAUGCUAAGGUAUUAAAUAUAGCUGCCUUUUUGUCGGACAAUAACAUGAGAGAAAAAAUUAUGAUAUAAUAGCUAAUAAAUGUCUGUAUGUUUGAGCUUGAUUUAUAAUACUAACUGAAAUUUUCACCAGAAGGUCCUUGAUCGUGAAAAUAAUUAGUAAACGAUAUCAAAUUUUCGUUUUCUAAUAGUCUAUUUGAACUAAAAACCAAAAAAAAAAAAAUUAACCGAAACUAACUGAAUUAUAUCUUUUUAUCAAAUAAAAUAUGUACUCUUU